AUGAACUACAUACCUCCACUGAACUUCUCCCCCGUGGUAAGCACGGAUGUCUCCUUAUAUAGAUCGGGGUAUCCGAUGGCUUUAAACUAUUCGUUCAUUAGGGACCAACUCCAUUUGAAAACUAUCAUAUACAUAGGGGACAAAAAUGAGCUCUCGGAAGAUUACAAUGAAUUCCUCAAAGGAGAGGGAAUCCAAUACCAUCAUAUCUUUAUGGAUUCGUGCCGUGAGGAAGGUGUGGAAGAAAGGAUGGACCAAGUACUCCGGUUGGUCCUUGAUGUGGAUAAUUACCCCAUUUUGAUGCAUUCUAAUAAGGGGAAACAUCGUGUGGGUAUCGUUGUUGGGAUAAUACGUAAACUUUUACAAGGUUGGUCUACAGCAGGUAUUUAUCAAGAAUAUGGGAUAUUUUCUGGUGGAUUGAAAGGAGAUGCAGAUUUGGAAUUCAUCACGAUGUUUGAAACGAACUUGAAUGUACGAAUGGCCAAAGUACCACAGUUUGCUCUUCCCUGUAUGCUGAAAGUGUCUAAUGAGGCAGAGUUAUGGAAACCAUCUUUACCUUCGAACGAAUCAUCAUCUAAUUCGCAGAAUACUUUGCCAUAA